AAGUAAAAUUAAACAAUAGUGAGUUAGAAGAUGUUAAUGCUGAAACAAGAGAAAUAGAAAUUGAAAAAAAAGACAUACCUGCAAUUGGAGUCAAAAAGAAUAAUAAUGUUUUGAAUAAAAAGUAUGAAAUAGAAUAUGAUGUUGAUGCCAAAAUGAAAGAUGUUGAUAUUGAACAGAUUAAAUGUGACACAGUUGUGGGUGAUGGUGUUAAAGUGAAUGAUAAAAUCGAGGGUAUUGUUAGUGAGGUAGUAUCUAAAAAGAUGAUAGAAAUCAUUAGUAAAUAUGGAAUACCUACUAUAGGUAAGGAUGAGUUUGGAAAUUUAGAGGUGUUGGUAGAAUUUGUACUUCAGAGAUGA